AUGUCUUUAAAUGUCAACGAUUUUCCAGUCGAUGACUACUUAGCGGUGAAAAACUCGCGUAACUUCACGGGGAAAGUGGUGUUAGUGACCGGAAGUAGUUCAGGCAUAGGGGAGGGUAUUGUCAAACUGUUCUCCAUAUUAGGGGCUAAAGUGGUGGUCACCGGUAGGAAAGAGGCUGAUGUCCAUAAAGUGGCUCAAGAAGUACAAGAGUUAUCACCACAAAAACUAAAGUUGGAUGUGUUGGUCAAUAACGCCGGGAUAUACCCCAGGGAUGAGAUACACGACAAGAAUAUCACCGAUGUGUUUGAUUUGGUGUUUAACAUCGACUUAAGGGCUGUCGUGCAGACCAUUCACACGGCUGUCCCAUACCUCGAGAAGACUAACGGCACCAUUAUUGACAUAUCAUCUGGUCUAGCAAUUGCUCCAUCGGCUUUGAACUACUGUUCAGCAAAAGCGGCGCUAAAUAUGUUGACAGAAGUAUUGGCCCUCGAGUUGGGACCCAAAGGGGUUCGCGUUAAUGCCGUCAGCCCGGCCCUAACAGAAGUGGAGCGUACACCCAAAUCAAUGAUAGAGUUAGUGUCAAAGACAGCACCCCUGCGACGAGUGGGCGAACCCCUGGAUAUCGCCAAAGCCGUGGUAUUCCUGGCCUCGACUGACGCCCAAUACAUAACCGGCGAGAAUCUGGUGGUCGACGGCGGACAACGAUUUAAUGCAUCGAUAAUCGAUGACUACUUAGCGGUGAAAAACUCGCGUAACUUCACGGGGAAAGUGGUGUUAGUGACCGGAAGUAGUUCAGGCAUAGGGGAGGGUAUUGUGAAACUGUUUUCAGUAUUAGGGGCCAAAGUGGUGGUCACCGGUAGGAAAGAGGAAGAAGUCCAUAAAGUGGCUCAAGAAGUUCAACAGUUAUCACCGCAAAAAUUACAGCCGUUAGAAGUGACGGCAGAUCUGACCAAAAGGGAAGACGUCGAGAGACUUAUCAAAGAAACCAUCAAAACAUUUGGACAGUUGGAUGUGUUGGUCAAUAACGCCGGUAUUGUCCCCUUAGGAGACGUUCACGACAAGAAUAUCACUGAAGAGUUUGAUUUGGCAUUUAAUAUUGACUUAAGAGCUAUCGUGCACAUAACUAGCCUGGCUGUCCCAUACCUGGAGAAAACUAACGGCACUAUAAUUGAUACAUCGGCCGUGUUUGCACUUAUCCCGGAUCCAUCGGUUAUGACGUACUGUAUGGUCAAAGCGGCCACAAAUAUGUUGACAGAGGUAUUGGCCCUCGAGUUGGGACCCAAAGGGGUUCGCGUUAAUACAGUCAGUCCGGCCGCUACAGACGUGGGAACGACAGCAAAAUCGGUGAAAGAAUUGAUCGCAAGGUCUGCACCCCUGCGCCGAAUUGGCGAACCCCUGGAUAUCGCCAAAGCCGUGGUAUUCCUGGCCUCGACUGACGCCCAAUACAUAACCGGCGAGAAUCUGGUGGUCGACGGCGGACAACGAUUUAAUACAACGAGAAAACAAUAA